AUGGAUUUUCGAAAUAGUAGAGAGGCUAAAUUGCAAAAAAACCUAUUUAACCUAAAUUGGCCCGGAUUAAUGGCAUCACAAAUGGACAUGGAAAGUCUACGGUAUGAGAUUUCGUGGAAGGACGAACGUAUUGAAUACCUGCAAAAGACCCUAGCCGAAAUGGAAGAUUCAUUACCAAGCUCGUCAGCAGACAACUAA